CUUUAUGCUACAAAUAGUGUCCAGCAUUGAGAGCUGUUUUGCUGUUGUACUGAAUCAAAAACGAGUAGUGCCCGAUGCCUAAACUAUGCUACUUCCAAGUUCCGAAUUUCGACAUCAACCCGGACAGUGGCACGGCUCCCAAACUUGGAAGCAUCUUCGCCAACCUUGACCGACUCACGGGACCGCUCAACCAAGAUGACCAUGUCGACAUCCCCCCAAAUCUGAUGAAUCAGACAAGCAGCAGCUUUAAAGAAACAGUCGAUAAAUCCAUUGGCGUGACUGCCGGUCUCAACGCCAACAUAGUCCAGGGCCUAGCAGGUUCUGGCGAGCUUGUGUACGCAUUUUCCAGGAACAAGCAGGAUACUUAUCAAUGCGAGCUCCUCGAAACGCUGGAAUUUGAGCCGAACGACCAGCUUGUCACCGACUCCAUACUCGCGUCACAACGCGUUCAAAACUUCUUACAAGACAGCCUUCUUGGACUGAAAAGGGUGUACAUGAUCACCGGGCUCAAAAUCGCUACCGGCUUCAGUCGAUCAUCCUCGAAGGAGAUUCAGAAUGGUCCCAAGCUCAAGGUCGGGGUUGACGCGACAGCUUUUGGGAUCCCAGUAUCGGCUGGCCCUCAACUUGAUCUUACAGUUGGUACUGCUAGGACAACUUCCCACGGGCGCUCCACUACUAAGAUAGUGUUCGCAUACCGAGCUAUCAAGAUCAGGCGCAAGAGGGAUGGCAACGUUGCAUUCAAGCACAGGGGAGGUGGCAAGUAUGAUCUCAAUGAUGAGAGUAGCGACAGUGACGAUAGUGACGGAGAGGAUGAGGAUAAGUGGAAUAUUGAGCCUAUUUCCCAAGAAGAUAGAGGGGAAGAGUUCACCGAUUCGAAUUUGGUUACGAUAGUCUAGGGUAGAUCUGUUCACCGGCGCCGAAUUAUCCACUGAAUGAUGCUUAGGCUGGCUUAUUCUACUUUCU